CACUCACGCUCUCUAAAAUAAGCAAAUGUAUUUUUAAAAUAAAUAAAAAAACAUUGUAUUGCAGUGUGGUCAUCUAGGUCACUGAGAUUUUGACAUCCCUUGUAUUUUUCACUCAAGGUAAGUGUCUCACUUUUGCAUCUCAGUCCUGGCCCUACUUUCUCACAGCAUAAUGGCUGGGAUCCAAAACUGAGCAUCCUAAGAGAGGGAGCCAGGUAAAAGCUAUAUUACCUAUCACAUCCAAAUCCAACACCUGUUGAUUAAAGUGAGUCACUCAUGUGUACCUAUAUUCAAAGGGAAGGAAAUUUGACUCCUCUUGAUGGUUGGAAUGGCAAAGAAUUUUCAGGUAUGUAUUAUUUUUUAAAAUCUUUUUAAAGGGUUUAUUUAUUUUGGGGGGUGGGGUCAUGUGCUCACAAGUUAGGGGAGGGGCCGAGGGAGAGAGACUCAAGCAGCCACGUGGAGGCUGACUCAGGUCUUGAUCUCAUGACCCUGAGAUCAUGACUUGAUGAAACUGACUGAGCCAACCAGGCGCCUGUGCAGGUAUGUUUUAAAUUUACCACACACAUUUUUUGUCUUUUCUGUGAUUUUCUUCUACAUAGACUAAUUAAUCUUUCCCUUAUGAACAGAGUCUACCCAACUUCCUUUCUAGUGCUGUUGGUACAGUCUGGGAGUGCUGGUUGUGGGAGGCUUACCUGAAACCUGACUAUGGAGAAAGAAAAAUGACAUCCAAAAAGAAGGUCCCAAAUCACCAAGCUUGGUGGUGCUGGGGCCAAGAUUCUGCAGGCACAUCUCAUCUUUGCCAGCUGCCCCCUGUUAGGGGGCGCUGGAGAGAGACUGGAAGACUGAAUAACAAAGAAGAGAUUGCUCCUUCCUGUUUGUUUAUGGAACUUUCUGGAAGCUUCCUGUCAACUUGCAGUUUUUCUAAGAGGGCCCACAAACACCUUCACCUCAGCAGAGGCAGUACCUUCCCACAGCAGCUCAUCCAGUUUGCAGCUUUACCAGCACUUGGAGAGCCAGCUUCAUUGUAUCUCCCCGCGCUGCCCCGCCCGAGGCAUCAGUGCCAGCUGGACACUUCUCUUCCUCAGGUCACAGUAGGACCAUGGAUCUGUUUGGAGACAUAGAUGACAUUUCUUCAGAGAGCGAUGGGGACAGUGAACAAUCUAUUCCAGGGCAGCCUGCUGAUGAACGUGGAGUGCCUCAGGACCAACAGGAGGAAGAGCGGAUUUCUGAAACCAGAAUAGAAGUAGAAAUCCCCAGUAUCAACUCUGAUUUAGGAAAUGAAUUGUACUUUGUUAAACUACCUAAAUUUCUCAGCAUAGAACCCAAACCUUUCGAUCCUCAGUAUUACGAAGAUGAAUUUGAAGGUGAGAAAGUGCUUGACGAGGAAGAUAGAACCAGGUUAAGAUUAAAGGUAGAAAAUACGAUAAGAUGGAGGAAACGCCGGGACGAGGAAGGAAAUGAAAUUAAGGAGAGCAACGCUCGGGUGGUCAAGUGGUCAGAUGGGAGCCUCUCCCUGCAUCUAGGCAGUGAAGUGUUUGAUGUCUACAAAGCCCCAAUGCAGGGCAACCACAACCACCUGUUCGUUCGAGAAGACACUGGUCUACAGGGACAAGCUGUGUUUAAAUCCAAGCUCACCUUUAGCAGACCUCACUCUACAGACUGUGCCACACACAGGAAGAUGACCCUGCCGCUUGAGAAGAGAUGCUCGAAGACCCAGAGGAUUAGACUCUUACCGAUGGCUGGCCGUGACCCUGAAUGCCAGCGCACAGAGAUGAUUAAAAAAGAAGAACGAUUGAGGGCUUCUACUCACGAGACAAUCCAUCUGUGGGAGAAGCAGAACCAGCGGGGGCUGAGUGUCCCCUGCCAGGACCCCAGCAGUGCCUGUGAGGAGGAGGAGGAAGAUGCUGAAGCCAUUAAAAACCAUUACCAACGGGAGCUCCAAGGAGAUGAGGCCUCCGGAAAGAGGAAAGUGGGGGGUGAAGAGGAAGAAAAUGACUAAAGUAUAAAACGUGCCCUCAUGUAUACAUUGUACUGACCUUUGAGGAAUACAGGUUUGAACUGCGCGGGUCCACUUACAGCUUUUUUUUUUUUUUUUUAAUAUAAAUAUGAUACGGUGCUGUAAUGAAUUUUCUCUUCCUUUUGGUUUUCUUCAUAAAUUUUUUCUAGCUUGUUUUAUUAUAAGAAUGUAUAAUACAUUUAACAAGCAAAAUAUGUAUCAACUGUGUUAUCAGUAAGGCUUCUGGUCAGCAGUAAACGAUUAGCAGUUAAGUUUCUGGGGAGGUAAAAGUUAUUCUCGGCUUUUCGACUGUGCAGAGAGUUGGCACUCCUAAACCCAUUAUUCAGCAGACAACUGUAUAUUGUUUCCAACAGUUUGUUUUAAAGCAAUCAUGACAUGACUUGUUUUGGUUGAAAUGAUGAAUUGAAUCGCUUUUGCAUAAUCCUAGUUGUGAAUAAAAAAUGUUCAGAAGCAAGUCUGUGACUUCAGAAAAUCCAUUUUUCCCUAACUGUUCUGGGUCUUGGGUUUUUGUGCAUUUUGGCUGCUCUGCCCCACCUCAUCCUCCCUGCUGGAUCCCAAGGUGGGCUUUGGAAGUUCAAGUCAGGUAUCGCCUCUUCAGGAUGUCCUCCUGUCCUGCUUAGCUGGGUCUGCGGCCCAUCUGUGGAUUGUCGUUUAUUUCCAUAGGUAUGGCACAAACUUUCUGUUGACCACAUGGCCCUGUGGUCUUGUCAGAGCAGGCACACCAUGGGAGGGGUCACUGGAUUCCGAAUGCUUUGCCAAGCACCAUGCUGGCCCUACUAGUUCUAAUCCUCAGAAUAACCAGGAGGCAGAUGGUGAUAGUCCCACUUUACAGACUUGGAAGCUGAGGUUUAAAGAACUUUAAGACUAUCCAGGGACACGUUGGUGGCUCAGUUGGUUAAGUCUCUGCCUUCGGCUCAGGUCAUGAUCUCAGGAUAGUGGGU